GUCGCGCCGCGUCGCCCCCUGCGCCGCCUCCUUGCCCUCAGUGGCGGGCGCCCUUCUCGCUGGAAGCAUUCCCCCCAGCUCCAUGAAUGGAAAUCGGCUCCGCAGGACCCGUUGGGGCCCAGCCCCUACUCAUGGUGCCCAGAAGACCUGGCUAUGGCACCAUGGGCAAACCCAUUAAAUUGCUGGCUAACUGUUUUCAAGUUGAAAUUCCAAAGAUUGAUGUCUACCUCUAUGAGGUAGAUAUUAAACCAGACAAGUGUCCUAGGAGAGUGAACAGGGAGGUGGUUGACUCAAUGGUUCAGCAUUUUAAAGUAACUAUAUUUGGGGACCGUAGACCAGUUUAUGAUGGAAAAAGAAGCCUUUACACAGCCAAUCCACUUCCUGUGGCAACUACAGGGGUAGAUUUAGAUGUUACUUUACCUGGGGAAGGUGGAAAAGAUCGACCUUUCAAGGUGUCAAUCAAAUUUGUCUCUCGGGUGAGUUGGCACCUACUACAUGAAGUACUGACAGGACGGACCUUGCCAGAGCCACUGGAAUUAGACAAGCCAAUCAGCACUAAUCCUGUCCACGCCGUUGAUGUGGUGCUACGACAUCUGCCCUCCAUGAAAUAUACGCCUGUGGGGCGUUCCUUUUUCUCAGCUCCAGAAGGAUAUGACCACCCUCUGGGAGGGGGCAGGGAAGUUUGGUUUGGAUUCCAUCAGUCUGUUCGGCCUGCCAUGUGGAAAAUGAUGCUUAAUAUUGAUGUUUCUGCCACUGCCUUCUACAAAGCACAACCUGUAAUUCAGUUCAUGUGUGAAGUUCUUGACAUUCAUAAUAUUGAUGAGCAGCCAAGACCUCUGACUGAUUCUCAUCGGGUAAAAUUCACCAAAGAGAUAAAAGGUCUGAAGGUUGAAGUGACUCAUUGUGGAACAAUGAGACGGAAAUACCGUGUUUGUAAUGUAACAAGAAGGCCUGCCAGUCAUCAAACCUUUCCUUUACAGUUAGAAAAUGGCCAAACUGUGGAGAGAACAGUAGCACAGUAUUUCAGAGAAAAGUAUACUCUUCAGCUGAAGUACCCACACCUUCCCUGUCUGCAAGUGGGGCAGGAGCAGAAACAUACCUAUCUGCCACUAGAAGUCUGUAAUAUUGUGGCAGGGCAACGAUGUAUCAAGAAGCUAACGGACAAUCAAACCUCCACUAUGAUCAAAGCAACAGCAAGAUCUGCACCAGAUAGACAAGAGGAAAUUAGCAGAUUGGUAAGAAGUGCAAAUUAUGAAACAGAUCCAUUUGUUCAGGAGUUUCAAUUUAAAGUUCGGGAUGAAAUGGCCCAUGUAACCGGACGCGUACUUCCAGCACCUAUGCUCCAGUAUGGUGGCCGGAAUCGGACAGUAGCAACACCAAGCCACGGAGUAUGGGACAUGCGAGGGAAACAGUUCCACACAGGAGUUGAAAUCAAAAUGUGGGCUAUAGCUUGUUUUGCCACACAGAGGCAGUGCAGAGAAGAAAUAUUGAAGGGUUUCACGGACCAGCUGCGUAAGAUUUCUAAAGAUGCAGGGAUGCCCAUCCAGGGCCAGCCUUGCUUCUGCAAAUACGCGCAGGGGGCAGACAGCGUGGAGCCCAUGUUCCGGCAUCUCAAGAACACGUACUCUGGGCUACAGCUCAUUAUUGUCAUCCUGCCAGGGAAGACACCAGUGUAUGCGGAGGUGAAACGUGUUGGAGAUACACUUUUGGGUAUGGCUACACAGUGUGUUCAAGUCAAGAAUGUAAUAAAAACAUCCCCUCAAACUCUCUCAAACCUGUGCCUAAAGAUAAAUGUUAAACUUGGAGGGAUCAAUAAUAUUCUUGUACCUCAUCAAAGACCUUCUGUGUUCCAGCAACCAGUGAUCUUUUUGGGAGCAGAUGUCACUCAUCCACCAGCUGGUGAUGGGAAGAAGCCUUCUAUUGCUGCUGUUGUAGGUAGUAUGGAUGCCCACCCAAGCAGAUACUGUGCUACAGUAAGAGUUCAGAGACCCCGACAGGAGAUCAUCCAGGACCUUGCCUCCAUGGUCCGAGAACUUCUCAUUCAGUUUUAUAAGUCAACUCGGUUCAAACCUACUCGUAUCAUCUUUUAUCGGGAUGGUGUUUCAGAGGGGCAGUUUAGGCAGGUAUUAUAUUAUGAACUACUAGCAAUUCGAGAAGCCUGCAUCAGUUUGGAGAAAGACUAUCAACCUGGAAUAACUUACAUUGUAGUUCAGAAGAGGCAUCACACUCGAUUAUUUUGUGCUGAUAGGACUGAAAGGGUCGGAAGAAGUGGCAAUAUCCCAGCUGGAACAACAGUUGAUACAGACAUUACACACCCAUAUGAGUUUGAUUUUUACCUCUGUAGCCAUGCUGGAAUACAGGGUACCAGCCGUCCUUCACACUAUCAUGUUUUAUGGGAUGAUAACUGCUUUACUGCAGAUGAACUUCAACUGCUAACUUACCAGCUCUGCCACACUUACGUGCGCUGCACACGAUCAGUUUCUAUACCUGCACCAGCGUAUUAUGCUCACCUGGUAGCAUUUAGAGCCAGAUAUCAUCUUGUGGACAAAGAACAUGACAGUGCUGAAGGAAGUCACGUUUCAGGACAGAGCAAUGGAAGAGAUCCACAAGCUCUUGCCAAGGCUGUACAGAUUCACCAAGAUACCUUACGCACAAUGUACUUUGCUUAAAAAGUCUAAGAAUAUUCUCUGAGAGGAAGAACUGGAAGAUGAAUCAACAUACAACUUAUGUUUCCAGUGGAGUCAGCUGAGUGGGGAUGCCUCCAGCCAUACAGAAACCAACACUGUGUGGGGGCCAGGGUAUGAUCUUUAUGUUGAUACAAGGAAGAUUGUUUACUUCAUCACGGAACACAGCACCAUUAUGCAAUAUGAAACCAGCCAACUGCUUUUUUGUGCGGUCUCCUGUAGGAAGUAUCGCGAUCAUUUUGUUUUCACUUUCUUGUAGUCUAACCCUUUUAAUGCCUUUACCUCAAGUUGCUUGGCAGCACAACUCUUUGCAAAAAAAAAAAAGUAAAGAAAAAGUAAAUGAUGGUUU